ACCCCGUUCCAGUCUCAGUCCGGAGGACACCACUAUAAAAGCCAGAGCGAAGUGGACUUCAACACCAGACCCUGUCAAACACACUCACCAUGAAGUUCGUGAUCCUCGCCGCCCUCGCCGCUGUGGCUGUCGCCGCACCCAAGCCUGAUUACGCUCAGUCGUCCCAUGAGAGUGUCGAGGUAAUACCCAUCCUGAAGGACGUCCGUGUUCACGAGGAAGAUGGCAGCUACAACUUCGACUUGGAGACUGGCAACGGCAUCGUCCUGUCCCAGGCUGGUACUCCUACCGGUCCCGAUGGAUCUGUGGUGAAGGCUGGCUCCUAUUCCUACACCGCUCCUGACGGCACCCCAGUUCAUGUGAAGUUCGUCGCCGACGAGAACGGCUACCAGCCCCAGUCUGACCUGCUGCCAGUGGCUCCCGCCUUCCCCCACCCAAUCCCUCAGUUCGUGCUGGACCAGAUCGCCUUCGCUGCUGCAGAGGACGCUGCCCGUGCCCGUGGUGAGCUGUCCGCUGAGUCCUCUGAGGAUGGUCCAUCCUUCAGCUACGGCGCCCCCUAGGAGCUUCAGUUUUUGGAUGCUAAUAUCCCGUUCAUGAAGUUCUUAUGUAUUUAUUCUAUUUAUUUUGGUAAUAGAAUAUAUUAUUUUUAACAAAAAAAAUGGAUUUCCUUUCUCUUUCCCCAAUUCUCACGGAGUUUCACAACUUCAUUUUGCCAUUCAUUGUUACACUUUAAUAUUCCAUGUAAUGUGCAUUAGUGACUUUUUUAUAUGAAGUACAAGUACAGCAGUUGAUAAAUGACACCAGUAGCGAUUCAAAGUAUAUUUCUCACUAAGUUAUAUAUUAUAUAACUUAGUGAUAAACAUAUUUACACACCUACUCCUCUGCUCUCACCUCAGUCUUUAUCACAACACAUUCCACUAUUGUUGUUUUUGUUACGGUAUUGGCUUCUACAGGAGAUAUCUUCUAAUGAUACAGAUGUUGAUGAAGUGGAGCGGAGUGGGUCAGACUUAUGAGCUGGGUCACCACUUAUGUGGAACUAUGAAAAUCUCAUAAUUUUUACCCAAUUAUCAGAGAGUAAUUACAUAAACACUGAUUCCUCUUA